AUGCUUGCUUCUACCACCUCACGUAUUGCCCUUCAAGCACGUGCUACUCUUGCUCAACGUUUCUAUGCAACUGGUGCUGGAACCAGCACCCUCUUAUAUGUUGAGCACAAGGAUGGUGCUAUUGGUGGUGCCACUCUCAAUGCUUUGACUGCUGCCAACAAGUUGGGCGGUUCAGUUACUGCUUUGGUUGCUGGUGAUGCCCCUGAAGCUGUCGCCAAGGAAGUUGGUAAAUUGAACGGUGUCUCCAAGGUUUUGCUUGCAAAGGAUGCUGCUUAUGCCAACGCAUUGCCUGAGAAUGUUGCCCCUCUUUUGGCUGCUGCUCAAUCUCAAUUUGGAUUCACUCAUUUGUUUGCUGGUCAUACUGCUGUUGGUAAGAACAUCUUCCCUCGUGCUGCUGCCUUGAUGGAUGUUGCUGCUGUUUCCGAUAUUGUCGGCAUUGAAGGUGAGGAUACAUUUGUUCGUCCCAUUUAUGCCGGUAAUGCCAUUGCUACCGUCAAAUCCAACGACAAGAUCAAGGUAGUUACUGUCCGUGGUACCGCAUUUGAAGCUGCUGCUGCCUCCGGUGAUGCUGCCUCAGAGGAAGCUGCUCCUUCCGCUGACAAGCCCGCCUUGACUCAAUGGGUCAGCGAGGAAAUCCAAAAGAGCGAUCGUCCUGAUCUCGGUACUGCCAAGCGUGUCAUCAGUGGCGGUCGUGGUAUGAAGAAUGGUGAAAACUUUAGCUUGUUGUAUGAUUUGGCUGAUAAGAUUGGUGCUGCAGUUGGUGCUUCUCGUGCUGCUGUUGAUGCUGGUUUCGUUGACAACUCAUUACAAGUUGGUCAAACCGGUAAAAUCGUUGCCCCUGAACUCUACGUUGCUGUUGGUAUUUCUGGUGCCAUUCAACAUCUUGCUGGUAUGAAGGACUCCAAGACCAUUGUUGCCAUCAACAAGGAUGCUGAUGCUCCUAUCUUCCAAGUUGCUGACUAUGGUCUUGUUGAGGAUUUGUUCAAGGCUGUUCCUGAAUUGACUGAAAAGAUCAGCAAAUAA